AUGGCCCAGACAAAAGAUGAUAAUGAACUGGAAAUACUUGAAAAGGAAAUAAAGGAUUUCAGGGCUACGUUCAAAACCACUUGCUAUGGAGAAUCUAUUGAACAGACGUUGGGGCUAAGAGACCAGUGGCUGGAAUCUAUAAGCAAACUUACAGAUAAAUGGUCUAAGAGAUUAAAGGAAGGGGACCUAAUGAUCAACAGAUUUCAAGAAUAUACAGAUGAGUUGCACCAGAAGAACAAAUGCAUUGAAGAAAAACAGGAGAAGCUAUUGGAAGUUCUUGCUAGCAUCAAAGAUGGAGAAGAACAAAAUGUAGACUUGAUGGAUAAUAUUCAAGAGCUCAAGGAGAAGUUGAUCAGGACAGGGGAAACUAAAAGUAAAGACACAGAAGAAAAGAUGGAAAGACUUAGAAAGGUUGAAAAUACAUUUAAAGAGCGGACUGGGCUAGAAAUACGGAAAACCUGUGCUAAUCAUCUGCAGUUUAUAUUCCGCUGCAUUGAACACAAAGAUCCUGACAAGCCAUAUGUGUUUACCCUCUCCAUAAAUGAAGAGGGAGCCUAUGAAGUGAUUUCCUGUUCUCCUCCCUUAGACUGCGUAGAAGAACUCCAGUUAAAAGUGAGAGAAACCAACAACUUUUCUGCCUUCAUUGCUAACAUUAGGAAAGCCUUCAUUGCUUUGUCAUAUAAGUGAUGUCUUGUAAUACUGAUAACCCUGCCUUUGUACCUAUUUUUAACA